UCUGGCUGAGCCGCCAGUGGAUGUCGUUGUUCUGUUCCUUGAGCGCGAUGUCACUCCUUUAGCAUGACCUCAAACGCGGCGGGGGCUGGGACCGCCAGUCAUUCUCCGUGCGAGAGCCGGGGCGGGAGGCAGGCGGGACCCAGCCCCGCCGCCAGCCGCACUUUUGUGGUGCCGCCGCCGCCGCGGUCUCCCCUUUCUCCGCGGGGCUGGCCGCGAGGCGGGCGAUGCUCCGCGCUCCCUGAGCCGCCGCACCGCCUCCCUCAGCCGAGUCGCCCCGCGGAGCUGCGCGCUCGAGCGGCGGCUCCGCUCCCUCGGUUGCCCGCGCCGCGCGGAGGUUGCGCAGGAUGGCGCGGAGGGGCGCGGAGGCGCCGCUGGCCCUGCUGCUGGCGGCGGCGUGGCUGGCGCAGCCCCUGCGCGGCGGCUACCACGGCGUGAGCAUGUUCGCCGUGCAGACGGCUCAGCCCGACCCCUGCUACGACGAGCACGGGCUGCCCCGCCGCUGCAUCCCCGACUUCGUCAACUCGGCCUUCGGGAAGGAGGUGAAGGUGUCGAGCACCUGCGGGAAGCCGCCGUCGCGGUACUGCGUGGUGACGGAGAAGGGCGAGGAGCAGAUCCGCUCCUGCCACCUCUGCAACGCCUCCGACCCCAAGCGCGCCCACCCGCCCUCCUUCCUCACCGACCUCAACAACCCGCACAACCUGACCUGCUGGCAGUCCGACAGCUAUGUCCAGUACCCCCACAACGUCACCCUCACCCUCUCCCUGGGCAAGAAAUUCGAGGUGACCUACGUCAGCCUGCAGUUCUGCUCGCCGCGCCCCGAGUCCAUGGCCAUCCACAAGUCCAUGGACUACGGCAAGACCUGGGUGCCCUUCCAGUUCUACUCCACGCAGUGCCGCAAGAUGUACAACAAGCCCAGCCGCGCCGCCAUCACCAAGCAGAACGAGCAGGAGGCGGUCUGCACCGACUCGCACACCGACGUGCGGCCCCUCUCCGGCGGCCUCAUCGCCUUCAGCACCCUGGACGGCCGCCCCACCGCCCACGACUUCGACAACUCGCCCGUUCUGCAGGACUGGGUGACGGCCACCGACAUCAGGGUGACCUUCAGCCGCCUCCACACCUUCGGCGACGAGAGCGAGGAUGACUCCGAGCUGGCCCGCGAUUCCUACUUCUACGCCGUCUCCGACCUGCAGGUCGGCGGGCGAUGCAAGUGCAACGGCCACGCGUCGCGCUGCGUCCGUGACCGCGACGACAGUUUGGUGUGCGACUGCAAGCACAACACGGCCGGCCCCGAGUGCGACCGCUGCAAGCCCUUCCACUACGACCGGCCCUGGCAGAGAGCGACGGCCCGGGAGGCCAACGAGUGCGUGGCCUGCAACUGCAACCUGCACGCCCGGCGGUGCCGCUUCAACAUGGAGCUCUACAAGCUGUCGGGACGCAAGAGCGGCGGCGUCUGCCUGAACUGCCGGCACAACACUGCCGGGCGGCACUGCCACUACUGCAAGGAGGGCUUCUACCGGGACCUCAGCAAGCCCAUCUCCCACCGCAAGGCCUGCAAAGAGUGUGAUUGCCAUCCCGUGGGCGCCGCCGGCCAAACCUGUAACCAAACCACAGGCCAAUGUCCCUGUAAAGAUGGUGUCACCGGCAUCACGUGCAAUCGAUGCGCCAAAGGCUACCAGCAAAGCCGGUCUCCCAUUGCCCCCUGCAUAAAGAUCCCCGCCGCUCCCCCCACCACCGCUGCCAGCAGCACAGAGGAGCCUGCAGAUUGUGACUCAUACUGCAAAGCCUCCAAGGGGAAACUGAAGAUCAACAUGAAGAAGUACUGUAAGAAAGACUAUGCUGUCCAGAUCCACAUCCUGAAAGCGGAAAAAAAUGCCGACUGGUGGAAGUUCACGGUCAACAUCAUCUCCGUCUACAAACAAGGGAGCAACCGGAUACGGCGCGGAGACCAGACCCUGUGGAUCCACUCCAAGGACAUAGCGUGCAAGUGCCCCAAAAUCAAGCCCAUGAAGAAGUAUUUGCUGCUGGGCAACAACGAGGACUCUCCUGACCAGAGCGGCAUCAUUGCAGACAAAACCAGCCUGGUGAUACAGUGGCGGGAUACGUGGGCUCGGCGGCUCAGGAAGUUCCAGCAGCGGGAGAAGAAGGGGAAGUGUAAGAAAGCCUAAAGGAGGAGAAGGCAAUGGAGCACGCGAGAGGGAGAGACUGACUGUGCAUGCUGCUUUGUGUAGAGCUGGGGCGGGCAGGGACCAGCGAUGGGGACAGCGGG